CUACUCGCGGGGAAGGCGGCGCCGGCGGCGGCUGGUCUAGCUGCGCCCGCUCCCUUGCGCUGCCCUCCCGCAGCGGGUGGGCUCCGCGACCCCCGAGCGGCUGCGGCCCCAGCCAGGUGGAGGCCCCCAGUUUUCACCUCCCCUCAACGCGGACAGCCAGGUCCUUGUGGCCCAUCCCGGGGGCGUCCCUGCGGAGCUAGUUCGGGUACUCAACUUUGCCUCGUUGCCCAUCGCCCCCACUGGGAACGAACCUGCUUCUCCCCCGCGCGCCGGCCGCGCGCCAGAGGACGGUGAACCUGCUGCUCAAGUGGCGCCCCCAGCCCGGAGCGUCGCAAGUGGGGUGCGGCUCUGGGGAAGUGGCGGGGGCGGCGGAGGCUGCUGCCUCGACUUCCCUCCCCGGGAACUGACUAGGACCCUCAGAUCUCUCCGGGGCUCCAGGCUCUGGAUGACUGGCACGAGGAGCGCGCAUUGCACCUGUGUUGGUAUGAGAGUUCGACUUGAGUGAGCAGAUGGCUGUGGAUUUUUAGUGUGAUACAUGAUUGAAGAAACACUCCACGCUUUUCCUCCUUGGCACUUUUCCCACAUGACGGGAAGGCGAGCUUCUGGUUAGAAGAAAAGCGUGCAGAGUCAGACACCUCCUACUCACCAUGAAGGGGACCUGUGUCAUUGCAUGGCUGUUCUCUAGCCUGGGCUGGUGGAGACUCGCCCAGCCUGAAACAGACGCUUCUCAGUGCCAAAGAGCAGAGCACCCGGUCAUUUCCUAUAAAGAAAUUGGCCCCUGGUUACGGGAGUUCAGAGCGAAGAAUGCUGUGGAUUUCUCGCAGUUAACAUUUGACCCAGGACAGAAAGAACUUGUUGUAGGAGCAAGAAACUACCUCUUCAGGUUACAGCUUGAGGAUUUGUCUCUGAUCCAGGCUGUGGAGUGGGAGUGUGAUGAAACGACCAAGAAGGCCUGUUACAGUAAAGGCAAAUCAGAGGAUGAGUGUCAGAACUACAUCCGGGUGCUUUUGGUGGGUGGCGACCGGUUGUUUACCUGUGGGACCAAUGCUUUCACACCUGUCUGCACCAACCGCACGUUGAAUAACCUGACUGAGAUCCAUGAUCAGAUCAGUGGCAUGGCUCGCUGUCCCUACAGUCCCCAGCACAAUUCCACAGCUCUCCUCACAGCCAGCGGGGAGCUGUAUGCUGCUACAGCCAUGGAUUUCCCAGGGCGCGAUCCUGCCAUUUAUAGAAGUCUGGGCGUGUUACCUCCUCUCCGCACGGCCCAGUACAACUCCAAGUGGCUCAAUGAGCCAAACUUCGUGUCAUCUUACGACAUUGGGAAUUUCACCUACUUCUUUUUCCGAGAAAAUGCUGUGGAGCAUGACUGUGGGAAAACCGUCUUCUCCAGAGCUGCCCGGGUCUGCAAGAACGACAUUGGGGGGCGGUUCCUGCUGGAGGACACCUGGACCACAUUCAUGAAGGCGCGCCUGAAUUGCUCCCGCCCUGGGGAGGUCCCCUUCUACUACAACGAGCUGCAGAGCACUUUCUUCCUGCCUGAGCUGGACUUGAUCUACGGCAUCUUUACCACCAAUGUGAACAGCAUCGCCGCCUCCGCUGUGUGCGUCUUCAACCUGAGCGCCAUCUCACAGGCCUUUAACGGGCCCUUCAAGUAUCAGGAGAACUCACGCUCUGCCUGGCUGCCAUAUCCCAACCCAAACCCCAACUUCCAGUGUGGCACGGUGGACCAGGGAAUGUAUGUGAACUUGACAGAACGGAACCUGCAGGAUGCUCAGAAGUUCAUACUGAUGCAUGAGGUGGUGCAGCCAGUGACCACUGUGCCCUCCUUCAUGGAGGACAAUAGCCGCUUUUCCCACGUGGCCGUCGACCUGGUACAGGGCAGGGAUGCCCUCAUCCACACUAUCUACUUGGCCACAGAUUACGGCACCAUCAAAAAGGUGCGGGCGCCCCUGACUCAGAGCUCAGGCAGCUGUUUGCUGGAAGAAAUCGAACUCUUCCCCGAGAGACGGAGGGAGCCCAUCAGGAGCCUACAGAUCCUCCACAGCCAGAGCGUCCUGUUCGUGGGCCUGCGGGAGCAUGUGGCCAAGAUCCAGUUGAAGAGGUGCCAGUUCCACCGCACACGCAGCGCCUGCAUCGGGGCCCAGGACCCUUACUGUGGCUGGGACGUGGUGAUGAAGAAGUGCACCAGCCUAGAGGAGAGCCUGAGCAUGACUCAGUGGGAGCAGACCAUCGCCGCCUGCCCGACAAGGAACCUCACUGUGGAUGGGCACUUCGGCGCAUGGUCCCCGUGGACACCCUGUACACACACAGAUGGCAGUGCCGUGGGAACCUGCCUCUGUCGCACCCGCUCCUGUGACAGCCCAGCCCCCCAGUGUGGCGGCUGGCAGUGCGCAGGCCCGCGCAUGGAGAUCACCAACUGUUCCAGGAAUGGAGGCUGGACCCCCUGGACCUCCUGGUCUCCCUGCAGCACCACCUGUGGGAUCGGCUUCCAGGUGCGCCAGCGGUCCUGCAGCAACCCCACGCCCCGGCACGGGGGCCGGGUGUGUGUGGGGCAGAACCGCGAGGAAAGAUACUGCAAUGAGCAUCUGCUGUGCCCCCCACACAUGUUCUGGACAGGCUGGGGUCCUUGGGAACGGUGCACAGCCCAGUGUGGGGGCGGCAUUCAAGCUCGUCGCAGGACUUGUGAGAACGGGCCGGACUGCGUGGGCUGCAACGUGGAGUACCAGCCUUGUAAUACCAACUCAUGCCCUGAGCUGAAGAAGACCACGCCGUGGACACCCUGGACGCCUGUGAACAUCUCUGACAAUGGAGGCCACUAUGAGCAGCGAUUUAGAUACACAUGCAAAGCCCGCCUGCCUGACCCAAAUUUGCUGGAAGUGGGAAGACAGAGAAUUGAAAUGCGGUACUGCUCCAGCGACGGAACCAGUGGCUGUUCCACAGAUGGCCUUUCCGGAGAUUUCCUGCGUGCUGGGAGAUACUCUGCCCACACCGUCAAUGGGGCUUGGUCAGCCUGGACGUCGUGGUCACAGUGCAGCCGCGACUGUAGCAGGGGCAUUCGGAACCGGAAGCGCGUUUGCAACAACCCUGAGCCCAAGUACGGAGGCAUGCCCUGCCUGGGCCCGUCCCUAGAAUACCAGGAAUGCAACAUUUUGCCCUGCCCAGUGGAUGGCGUGUGGUCUUGCUGGUCCCCCUGGUCAAAAUGCUCGGCGACAUGUGGCGGUGGACACUACAUGAGGACCCGCUCGUGCACAAACCCAGCCCCGGCCUACGGCGGUGACAUCUGCCUGGGGCUGCACACGGAAGAGGCUCUCUGCAACACCCAGCCCUGCCCAGAGAUGUGGUCGGAGUGGUCAGACUGGUCUGAGUGUGAUGUGUCCGGAGUCCAGGUCCGCGCCCGCCAAUGCAUCCUUCUGUUCCCCGUGGGCAGCCAGUGUUCCGGAAACACCACGGAGAGCCGGCCAUGUGUUUUUGAUUCCAAUUUCAUCCCAGAAGUAUCCGUGGCAAGGUCCAGUAGUGUAGAAGAAAAAAGGUGUGGAGAGUUCAACAUGUUCCACAUGGUCGCUGUGGGGCUGAGCAGCUCCAUCCUGGGCUGCCUUCUUACGCUCCUUGUCUACACCUACUGCCAGCGGUACCAGCAGCAAUCCCACGAUGCCACUGUCAUCCACCCCAUCGCGCCUGCCCCUCUCAACACCAGCAUAACGAACCACAUCAACAAACUGGACAAGUAUGACUCGGUGGAGGCCAUCAAGGCAUUUAAUAAAAACAACUUGAUCCUAGAGGAAAGAAACAAAUACUUCAACCCGCAUCUCACUGGGAAGACUUACUCUAAUGCCUACUUUACAGAUCUCAAUAAUUAUGAUGAGUACUAAUGGCUCUUAUAUUUUUGGCUUCUUGAAAUUCCCCAGUUCCUCAAGGCCUGUGCUCCAUGACUGCCCAUGUUUCCAAGACUUCAGAGAUGAAGUUUGGAUACAUUUCAAGUGCAUUUCAAGCCACAAGUGUCCCAUUGCUGCCAAAAAUAGAUGUCCUUAAAAGCAACAAAAAUCUGAAUAUGACAUUGUGAAAAUCUGGUCUACAAUACUUGAUCAUCGUUGAAUGAGAUAUGAUGUCGAGUUUUCUUAUUGUGCUCAGUCCAUUUUUUUAACAAGUCAGUUGUUUCCUUGAGCUUUUUAACAAAUGUAUCACCUACAUUGGAAGGAGAUUUUAGAAAUAAGAGCCUCUUCUAGCUAUUGAGCAUAGAUCUUCAUGAUGUUUUAAUUCAAGAUAAUAGUCACUUUAUAUGAGAGAGCCCCCUACACACACCUACAUACACAUGCACAUAACACAAGGAGUGCUUAGGUCCACAGUAUUGAUAAAAAUAAAGAAUAUGAAUGUGGCCAUACAGUGAUUCACCAUGAAUCUCCCAUCUUCCCCAUCUGGAGAAUACUGUGGAAUUCUUGGAAGCAACUUGUGUGUUAGGACAUGGAAUGAUUCGUGCCUGAGGAAUCCCAGGAUGCAGCCUGGCUUGCAUCUGUCGAGGUGAUUAUAUGGGGUCUGAGACACUCCGUCCUUGGACCUGAUGUAGUUCCUGUGUUACCGCUCAGGGAGGUGAGCGAAAAGAGGAGAGGCACCGACACAGACACGAGGACGGGGAAGUUGUUCUGCAGGUUGCUGUGAAACUAGCCUUAUUCGGACUUUUGGAUGUCAUGGUAUUCCAGGGAGCUCCUGGCCACGCAGUUGGCCUGGAUGCCCACCUGUCUGGUCCAUCGUAAUGUCCUGAAGAGCCAGCCUGUAAAAUAAUGACUUGUGUAGCAUUGGAUAGACCCUACACUUCCUCUCUCCCUGCGAAGAAAAAAUCUUGAACGUUAAUGAUGUCAGUGAAGAAAGUAUUGAAAGUACUAAAAUAUAAUUGUAAAAAAACUUUUUUAAAAUUUUCCAUGUUAUGGAAAGUAUUGAAAGAACUAACAUUUAAUGAAAGUCAACUUUUAUUUUCCAUCACCCUGACUGAACUGAUGUCUGGCGAUCAGCCCCUACCAAGAGCAUUAAUGAUGUGCAAAGCUUGCUUUCUGCUGCCCCUUGCUGUACAUAGCGAGCCACUUCCCAAGUUCCCAGGUGUCAUUGCUGCCUCCAGGUCAAGUGAGGAGAUGUUCAGCUCUGGUGCCUUUUGAUUUUAACCUUGUGUUGCCUUCCCAUCCACUAACUCCCACAUCUCCCUGUGUGGAGGCCACAGCAUUUCAACAUGUACCUUGAGAAAUCAGGGUACCUGGAAGUAAGGUUUUUAAUGAUUGUUGUGUUGCUGAGCAUUUCAGAGUAUUAUACAGUUCAUAGUAGUCCCCACUAGGGAGAAAAAGGAAAAAUUAUUCACCAGCAACUGAUACAUAACAUAUGAAUGACAGUUGGUUGGAUAAUUAUUGAAAGUAGGAACAAGAUUGAAACUCUUCAUCUAAUGCCUUAAGGCAUUACGAUAAAGGCCUUGGGUAGAGUUUGAAACAUGUUCUUAUUGAUCAAUGAACCUUCAGAUCUGUGAAAAUAUGUAGUGUGGGCAUUAACAAACAUGGACUUAUUAGCAUAUGUGUGUUUUUACCAUACCCCAUUUAAAGAAAUAGUUUCAUAAGUGUUGGGAAAAGCCUAUCUUUAGUAAUGUUGAGUUCAAAAUAUCCUCCUAUCCCCAGAUUUGCAAAAAUGGCUCUACUGAAAUUAAAGUUUAAAUGGCAGGUGUUCUCUGGGAGGCCUGGAAGACUGCAGUCAGCAGUGUUUGGGGACUUUGAGUGUGGAGUCCAAGUUGCAUUGCCUCAUUCCUUGUGUGCUAUGUAGGACCACUCUGUCUGUGUGGGGAGCCUACAGAGUAGCCAGGUGGUUUCCUAAUUGUUCCUGGAUUAGAUUUUACCUGGAUGCUUCAACCCAUUUCAUCACUUUCCUCUAAGAAAAAUGUCCUUGCUGUUUAUCACAUUAGCUGCUUUUUUGAAUCCCUUUCCUGAGUAUCUUCUAAGUUUAAAAGGUUAUUCUCAUUCCCCGAGGAAAGAGGAAACUAACCUGUCAAAAAAAAGCAUCACUGGGCAUCACUGGGAAAUACUUUCUAAAUUAUAUCGAAGCUGAUCUUUAAUCAAUUUUAGACAGUGACUGAGGAAAACGCCCUUCACCCACAACAGCAUUUUCAUGUUGUUAAUUAGGUAAAUCUUUUUGAUUAGCACUGAGAAGAAAUCCCCCCAUAUUUGUCCAACACUCUAUUCAAAGGAAGAUUAUUCUGGUUUUCCUGACUUCUCUCGCUUUUCCUAUCUCUCCCUCUUAACAGAUUUCAGCUUGUUUAGAGUAAUUUCAGCUAUAGCCUUAAGUUUUUUCACCAGCUGUGGAGGAACGUUGUUGCUGUCACUGUAGAGCUGUUGCUCAGGUGCCUACCCGUCACCUGCACACCCUGCUUCCAGCAGGAGCCCUCACGCGUGGGCUUCCACAGGGGCCCUGUCAUGUCUCCUGGGACCUCCCCGUCCUGCACACGGCAGCUCUUCCUUAGACUAGGACAUUUGGGAUUCCUGCCAAAACCUUCGUGGACACUUGUCACAUUUUUCAUUCCUGUGUGUCUUUUUAAUUUUCUCUUUCCUCUUCUUUUUUCUUUUACUACAAGAAGCACAAUUAUAAAUCCCUACUUUACACUGCACCAAGCAAUUUAAUCCCACUAAAGAAACCUGUUGUCAACUGACAUUAAUCACAGGUUAAUUUUUAGGGUUGUUUCUGGAUACAGUUCAAGUUUGGCUGGUUUUCAUUGGGAAACUACAUUAGGCUCAUUUAAAUUCUUUGGAAGUGGCUCCCAGUACUGUUCCUUUCUCUAGCCUAGACUAGUGAUGAUCUGUCAACCCUCCAGUGCACCAACAUUUUACAGGAAGGAGAAAGACACAAAAUUUUUAAAAUCACUCUUCCAUACCCCCUUUUUAAAGGACUUAUUUAAGGACCUGUAAAUACAGUCAUCCUCAGUACCAUGACUGUUGGCCAAAGUCACACUUGAACUUCCACACUUUGAAAGAAAGCACAGUAAGAAGUCACCAUCCAUACUUUUUGGAGCAGGGGGAUCAAGGUUUUAUUCAGUGGUCCUAUGUUGCUUUAUCAAAAAUUUGGUACGUGUUACAGAAGCAUCAGAAAUGGAGACCUGUUCUCUUUUGAAAACAUAAUUCCACUCUGCAAAGGGACUGAAAGCAUCAUCAAAACCAUAUUCAGAGACUGACACAAACUAUACUGUCCCUAGUGAAAGCUGUCUCACACAGUAGUUUUGAAAGAUCGUGUUAGUUCUGCCAUAGAAAGCAAUCAGGCUGCUUACCAAUGACCAGAGCCAGAACCAAUUCUCAUUUAAGUAAACAUGUUUUAUUUUGCUGGCAUGAUGACUAGUCAAGAACAAGAAAGGAGAAAAGUAAAGGCAGAAAACCACUUUAUGGCAUUUUUUUAACUAACAAUUUUAUUGGGCAGAAGAGUCAAAUUCAUCCCACCACAUGUAGCCAGAAAUAUGAGGCCAAUAUUUCAAACAUGAUCAUGUUCUUUCUCAGCUUGUUGGCAUUGUAAUUCCAGAGGGCCCAAGUAUUAGAUGAAUGGCAGUUCAAGUGGUUCACAUGUCAGAUAAAUACAAGCUCAGAGUAAAAUCUUGCUAAGAAGAGGGCAUUGUUAGCCACCCUCUGUAAGUUCAAAUAGUUUACUUUCCUAUAAAAAUUUGCCAGUGCCUUGUUUAAAAUGAUUUAUUAUUUUAUCUGGAUAUUAUUGGUUCCAAUUUAAAGUAGGGGAUUGACUGGCUGUUCUUUAAAGAAAAUCAUUCUUCUAUGCCUCUUUGAACUCAGGAAUAGAAAAUGACUAAGAAGCACAUCAUCUUCAGAUAUGAUCUUCACCCCCUACUGGGAUGUGGCUCCAGAAUAGGGGCCAAGGAAUGUUCAGAACGACAGUGAACCCAGCCUGGCCUUCCAGAAACUGACAUCACUUUCAUCUUACACCCUCCUGCAAACACCUUAGCAUUUGCCCUGUAGUAGGAAUGUCAACGGAUGCCUGUAGAAGUUACAAACUUUUGUUACUGUCCCUCUUCAGGCAAGUCCAUAGAUAGAAGAAAAUCAGACACAGGCUGGCGACAGUGGCCACAGACAAGGUGAGAGGAAUGAGAACCUCAUAGAAUAUUGCCUGCUGUUUUGUGUUCUUUCUUUUUUUAAGUCAGCAUCAAAGCUGCUUCACGAGUUCACAAAGCUGUUACUCUUAAUUUAGGAUGAGGUUAAUGGCAUUUUCUCUGCUAAAGUCUAUGUCUUUUCCUCUGUACCAUGACUGAUGACCAAAGUCACACUUGAACUUCCACACUUUGAAAGAAAGCACAGUAAGAACGUUUAACUUAAGCACCUACACUCACUGCCAAAUACUACAUCAUCGGGAAAGAAAAUGCACAAACUGGGUGCAGUGUAGGAUUCUUCAAAGGUGUAUCACAAAACGUUUUUGUUAGGCCACUUGAUGUGACUUUUGAAAAUGUUAUGUACUUUUAAAAGCCUCCUUCCGUUAAUUUGCUGUUGCUGUUUUAUGAUAGAAAAUAAACUUAUUUGGGAUUCUUUCAUUUUUUAAAAAGGAUACACACACGCACACACACACACACACACACACACAUAUUAAUCAUAAUGGAGCUUUUUAAGAAUGAGAUAACAUCGCUUUCCCCUUCACUUGAGUGAAAAAAGGUUUUGGUUGCCCUGUUGGAUUGUUUGUGGAUUGCUGAGUAGUUACUCACAGGGUCUAUGAGCAUACCAGACUUUUUUUCCAGUUCUUACAUUCAAUGUGAAAUACAAAUUUCCAAUGGUCUUCACUGUUAUCUUGUCUGUUCGUCAGUUCACUGGUCUUAAGUGUGCACAUGAGAGAUGUCCAGGUCUAUAUCUAAGAAAGUUGUUUAACAACACCUGACAGAUACAUUGUUUUCAAAAAUCCAUUUAAGACACCAAUUGCAGUAGCCCAGGGAGCUCAUUACCUGUUUGACUGACUCAGUUGCGGGAGUUCAGAGAAGGAAGGGGUAGACUGGGGUUAUCCAGCCUAUCAGCAGAAGCCAACUCACGCCUCUCCCAGCCAGGACUCCGGAGGAAAACAGACAGAUGUAUAUGUUAAAAUGCGCUAUUGUUAACAGAGGUGAAAAUGCCAUGCUCAUUCUCCGCUCUUGGUAAGUUGCCAAUUCCUGUAACCCAAACUUACUCAUCUUUUUUAAGACAGUAAAUUCAUAAGGAACAAUCCUACAUCCUGCUAACAGUGCAGCACUCUUCCUUCCGUAGCAAUGCCCUCCUCACCUCUAUCUGGAAAAAAGAUAAGAGAAUCCUGAUUAUGUACAGUUAAAGUGUAUUAUAUUUUUUGUACCUAGGUUUUAUGUAAAUAGUUUGUCUCAUUCAAUUGUAUGUGAGCAUUUAAAUAAAUCCUACCAUU